CGACGUUUGUGCCGCAGAGAUGAUGGCAUCAGAUGUGCGAGCUCGGUCGCCUGCGAAGCGAGGUUUGCUCAAGCGCAUCGUGGACAACGGGCGCCUCCAGCCUCUUGCACUAUACGCAGCAUGGAUUGGGGUCGUGUUGGGAAUCGUGUGGGUUUUGGCCCAUCCCGUGGCAACAAUAACAACUGGCGAGCAAAAGAGCCGCGGGACGUAUUUUUCCGAGAAUGCGCUUCUCAUUGACUCUACCAUGUCGGACAUCACAGACGUUCAAGCAUCUUGGGCAAAGAAGCUGCACAAGGAGUAUAUCAGCCUCGAUGCGACGGACGAAAACGGAUGCGAGCUUCACAGCACGUGCACGCAUGUGAUGCAAUGGAUCGAAUCCAAGCUGCUUUCUAUUCCAGGCGUUAACGUAUAUCGUCAGCAAUACACUCAGCAUUUGUACGACGCCGAAUUUGUCAACCGCACCAACAUUUAUGCAGUCUUGCGUGGUGCUCCCUUGGUCGACGGCAAGGAAUCGCUGGUGCUCGUGGUUCAAUACCCUAACAUUCCCGCGACGAGCAAGAAUGGGUUCUCUGCAUUGACCGUCGGGCUGGCCAUGUUGCAGUACCUCCAUGGCAAAAAGUGGCUCGCAAAGGACGUCGUGUUGCUUCUCACCGAUGAUGGGCCGAACGAUGGCAGGGACGGGUACUCGCCGGGAGUGGAGGCGUGGCUGAGAUCGUACCAUUCUGACCCGUUUUCAACGUCGUCUGCGUUGGAGAUGCACGCUGGAGUGAUUCGAGGCGCGAUCAACCUCGAAACGAGCUUGAACAGACGUAAAUACAACUCUGUCGGCAUUUUCACUGCUGGGAUAAAUGGGCAGCUGCCCAACCUGGAUUUGGUUAAUUCGGCCGUCGAAACGUUGGAGAACGAGCGAAUUCCCAUCGUCUUGGACAGAUGUGCGGACUCGUCCAUCGUGUGCGAUGAUUUGUUGGCUGUGCUGGACCUGUGGGUGCGCUCAUUGGUACCGCGCAAUUGGGACGGUUACCUCACUCGUCUCUUGACCAUGUUUCGGUUCAUCGCGACGCUAGCGACGGGUCCGUCUGGCCCCCAUGCAAAUUUCAUUCACUACAACAUCGACGCCAUCACACUCACCGCACUACACUCGGACUCGCAAUCGUCUUCGUCGUUCCAAUUGACCAAUUUCAUGCGUGCUAUCGCGACAGUCGUGCGCGGCAUCAGCAACUUAGAGGAAAAGUUUCAUCAGUCGUUUUACUUCUACCUGCUGCCGACGACCCGCACAUUUGUCUCCAUUGGAGAGUAUUAUUACCCUAUGGUGCUGCUCAUGCUGCCACUGUUUGCCCACACGCUGUACAUCGCGACUAACACCGGGGGGCUCCGACUCGCCUUUGCGUUAGCGGCAUUCGCGUCUGCCGCCUCCCUCGGACUAGUCUUGCUAGUUAUGACAACGCAUUUGUCGUUGCUUGACCCGAUUGUUCCUCUCUUGGAUUUGGCGAAGAACCACCCGGAUACACUCAGCCGGUCGUAUUGCUGGACUCUCGUGGGAUUAGCUGCGCUGCUCCAACUUGUGGCCGUGCGGUGGGUGGUGCCUGCCCUGUCCCGGCACGACUUACUCGAGGGGUGCGUCGACGAAAGCCAGUGGCUGCGUCAAGUCCACGACCACAGAAAAGAGUUUGAAGCCACCAAGUCAGAAAAAGACCAAAACAAGGACCUCCUGAGCCCGCUUGUCCCGUACGCGUCCGACGUUGGGUGGCAUGCAGUCAAGGGCUUCGCGGCCAUCUUUGUCAUUGUCGUGCACUGUGCCAUGGGCAUACUAAACUUUUCGCUUGCGCUGCUCUGCACAUUGCCCAUGGUGCUACUGAUCGCAUCUGCCAAACCCGCCGUGGAAUCCUCGGUCCUUCAUGCUAUUACGAGUGGCGUCUUGCUGUCGUUGUUCAGUCCUGUUGGGUCCCUCCUUCUCCUGGACUUUGCCCACCCAAGUGCAAUGGAUGGACUGGCGUACGGAAUCAACGGCUACAUGCGCCACAAUCUUCUCACUGUGCCAUACCUUUGCCUCGUCUACUUUCCCGUCCACACUUUGAUGCUAUGGGUGUACCAGUUUCAAGUGGCACCACCCAAGGAUCCCAGUAGCGAUUAAGUUUUGGACAAACCGUGCAACUUUCGCUGACUGGCUCCUGGAUGGGUGUCCUGGUGCUGGAGGUAGGAUUCUUCUUAAGAAAAUGAAGCCAAGUCAGCUAUGAUUUCCAGACAAUACUAGCUGCUCUGUCAAGCUGUAGCACCAUUGCGUUUAUAGGAAUCGGUGUGGUUGGGGCCUGGGCGUUUGUGUACCAGAUAACUCUGGGCAUGUAGCACAAAGAACAGCUCGUCGAUGGUUCCCUCCUUUGAACAAGCUGAAACCUCGACACAGGCAAGCUGAGGGAAACUUCAGGUUGACGGCAUGUUGCGCUGGGAACGUGGAGUAAGCAGUGGCCAUCAAGCAAUCGGUGUUGACUGCCCCACAUGAACGUCGCGGAUUACCCUAGCGACCGCACCC